AGCCUCAUUCCCUCUCAUCUUUCCUCAUCUCUUCCUGCACCAGCAGCUCAGGUCACCCAGCACAGCACCAUGUGCUCCCGCCAGGACAAGGACCAGUGCCACCGGCAGCAGCGCCAGAGCAGCGGCGGCUGCCACAGCUCGGGGGGUGGCGGCUGCCACAGCUCCGGGGGCAGCUCCGGGGGCUGUCACAGCUCUGGUGGCAGCUCCGGCGGCUGUCACAGCUCGGGGGGUGGCGGCUGUCACAGCUCGGGAGGUGGCGGCUGUCACAGCUCGGGGGGUGGCGGCUGUCACAGCUCGGGAGGUGGUGGCUGCCACGGGAAGCCGCAGAUGCAGGGCCAGCAGCAGCAGCAGCAGGUGCUGCAGAUGCCCCAGCAGAAGAUGAAGUGACAGCGUGGUCCUCGCCUCGUCCCAGCAGCAGAGGCCAAGCCGGCACCAGCUCCCUCCCACCUCCCCGGGGCUCCCAAAGCUUCCCCGGUGCCCUCUGGAGCCUGGCAAGGGCCGGGCUUGUGCUGCCUGGGCUGUGCCAAAUAAAGAGUCACAUUCCAUAAA